GAACGUAAAUUAUUAAUCAAUGGCUGAAGUAGGUUCUGAUAAAGAAACUCUCAGUAGCAUUUCAUUUGAUCUUCCACCUCUUAUUCACAAGGUUGAACAAACCAGUGAAAUAACUGAAGUUACAACAAGUGAAAUCACUGAAGUCAACACAACCAGUCAACACAUGAUCUUAGAAAUACCAGAGAUAACAUUUGAUACAUCUACCACAAGAAUAAACACACCACAACAAACUCCAAAAAGAGUAAAUUUUUCCCCAUUGUGUAGCCCCUCUACAUACACUUACGCCAAGUUUAACGAAUCGUCAUCAAGUCCUUCAUCAUCUAGAGGUAGAUCAUCAUCAUCCAUCAAAAGCCUCAUUCCUAAAUUAAGUUUCAAACUCAAGAACCGAAAUUCGGAGAUCGAAAAGGCUGCAAUUCUGGCACUUGGUGGCUCACCAUCACAGAUUAGAGUGAAGGCUAAAAUGUCUAGAUCGUUAUCUUUUACAAAACUAUUCGCAUCCAAAGCGAAAACAACAUCAUCGUUACCCGUAACUCCAAUUGCUCACUCGAAUCCAGAGUCUACGCAUGGAAGAAACACCAUAGAAAAAGAUUGGAUCCAACAGCCUAUGCAUCGUUCGCGUUCGGUUCCCGCUUUGAUUAAAGACGGAAGCAUUACACAAAUAGAGUCUUUAGGUGGCGUAUUUCGCGUAAUUCCUUCCACACCAAAAGCUUUACAAACAACCCGUCCCGCCAUUAAUGUGAAUCCUGCAACCGAUGUUGGUAACAAUCAUGAAGAAGCGGGUGAGGACAUUGCAGAAGAAGAAGCUGUGUGUAGAAUAUGUAUGGUUGAACUGCGGGAACGUGCUGAUGAUACGCUUAAAAUGGAGUGUAGCUGCAAAGGAGAGUUAGCGCUAGCCCACCAAGAAUGCGCCGUAAAGUGGUUUAGCAUUAAAGGUAACAAAACUUGUGAGGUUUGCAAGCAAGAAGUUAAGAACUUGCCUGUUACUCUUUUGAGAAUUCCGAGAUCUCAAAGCCGAAUUCUUCGCGGAAAUGGAGCGUUGCAUCUGUUGGAAGUUCCUAGAUACAGGGUAUGGCAAGAUGUACCUGUUCUUGUGAUCGUUAGCAUGCUCGCGUACUUUUGUUUCUUAGAGCAACUUCUGGUAAGCAAAAUGGGUUCUGGCGCGAUUGCUAUAUCUCUGCCUUUUUCUUGCAUAUUGGGUCUGCUUGCAUCAAUGACAUCGACAACAAUGGUGAAGAGACGGUAUGCAUGGAUUUACGCGUCCGUUCAGUACGUUUUAGUCGUUGGUUUUGCGCAUGUUUUCUACUCAAAGCUUAAAGUGACGGGGCUUCUAUCGGUUUUGCUUGCUACAUUUGCUGGUUUCGGCGGUGCAAUGUGCUUUACUUCUAUUAUUUAUGAAUUUCUGAAAUGGCAGAGAAGAUGGCACAACUGGUCAAAUCAACAUCAUGGGGCUCCGGAAACUGAACCACCUCAAGAGUCCACAGAACCCGCUCAUGCACCACACGACGAGCCUCACCCACAAGGCGCUCCUGUAGACGCAAUGCAGCCGCAGCAGCCUACAGACACUGCUCAUACACCACAACAUGAAUCUAGCCUACAAGAAAGUCAAACUCGAGAAUCGGGUCAACAACCUAGACCGUAAGUAGAAUCUGGUUGAACCUAGAGCUUCUGAAUGUUGCUCUGUUUGUGGACUCAUUGAAAUAGAUUUUGUCAAAAUGUAUAUGUAAUAACAUGUUUUUCUAGAA